AUGACAAAUGUCCAUGCAAGUGCGAGUGUGAAUGCUGCGGCGUCUGAUGAUAUGCCACAAGUAUUAUCUAUGGUUGAUAUGGAUACUCUUAAUACAAAAAAUGGGAUCACAACAGAUGACAAACAAUCGUUGGCCGCUCUUGUGCUAAAAGAUACCAUAUCUUGUGAGAGCAACAGCAAUAACAGCAACAACACUGUUGUUGUUUCUGCUUCUACUAAUGGUAGUACAAUUUCCUUCGCCAAUUACCAAAGCCAAGCACAGUCUUUUGAAUCUCUUCAAUCCUUUCCAUCACACCCACAACAACAACAACAACAACUGCUCAACCCAUCUUCUUCAUUUCAGUCUCACACUCCACAAACUCAAAAUCCAGCCUCUUCACCACCAUCCUCGUCUUCCAUUUCAUCUAUUCCCACCCUCUCAUCCACUACAUCAACCACUCAUACUAACCAAUCCAGCACCACUGCUACUUCUACCUCUACUUUCCACUCGACCACUGCUUCAACUUCAGCUUCAACCUCUCCCCCAGUAGUUCUCGACACUUAUAAAAGACGUGAAGGAAAAACCAACCACACUCGCAAAUCGGCGAUUUUGCGAGUGCCCUUUCCCGCUAGAGCACCGCCACCGCCUAAAAGUGUCGCUCAACUGGAGGAAGCAAUGAUAGAUCUCAAACUCUAUGACUCGUGCUUAUUCUGGGGAGGCGCUGGAGCUGUCAAUCUCAAACCCGAAGGCAACUCUUGGGAUGAUGAUAUGGUGAUUCAAUCCAAGGAUCCAGCCUGGGUCAGGAACUCGGUUCAACCACCCAUUCCAACUAACCAAGAGUUAUUAAUUCUGCCGCCGAUCGCCAAAAUCGAACGGUCGAUCGAAGUUUUUUUCCAGAAUGCACAUCUGUUCCCUCCUUUCAUUACACCCUUGAUCGUCGAGCGUGCUACUCAAACGAGGUCUAACCAGGUCUCCCGCAUCCUUCUCAACACUAUCACUGGUAUUGCCAUCCGCAUUAACCCUGAUAUCGAGAACACACCCGCCCCGUCCUUACUGUCAAAUAAUGCAUUGGCUCCACAGAGGAGUGCCGUCACUGCAACAAGUGCAGCUUCUUCUUCAUCCCCUGUCCCCACAGCGACCAACAAGAUACAAUACAUGCGGUACUUUAAGCGAGCCUAUGGCCUGAUGGCACACCUAGAAGAUAACCGGAGCACAUACUCAACUGCGUAUUUGCAAGCAACAUUGUUGCUUUGCUAUGUGUAUCCAAAACCACAGCUCCGGGUAGAGCUAUUAAAACUGAUGACUGAAGCGGCCUUUUUAGGUUUACAUGUGGAUGCAACUCGGUGGAUGCCGAAACCGAUUGUGAUCCAGAAUCGUUGUUGGUUGUUUUGGGCGUGUUACAUGUUCGAUAGUGUUCACCAUGUAAUUCGAGGUCAUCUUACUCAAAUGGAUGAUCAUUAUUUGGAAGCACCGUUCCCACAACUGACGGAGCUGGAUCAUGAUGAAGGACUUUGGACUCGAUGGUUUAUGGUCAAAGAAAUUAACCUGUGGAGGAUAGGUCGAAAGAUUCAUUCAUUCUUCCAGACAGGUCUUCAACGGAUGGAUCAGCUUAUUGAAACCGGAGGACUGAAUGACUCUGCUUUCAAUUAUGAUGUCAGUGCUAAUCCCACGACUACAAAUUCACUAAACCUAACAAGUAUCCGAGAGGUAUUGUUGAGUGGCGAGCAUUCAGAGGCAGAAUUGGUUUUGGCUCUCAAGUACUGGUUAGAUGAUUUACCGCCGAGAUUGAUGGCACAAUUGGAUCCUGCAAGCAUGGAUCUGAUUGAUCCUAGAGUCAAUGGUCGAGCUGUGGGGCUACAGGUCGUUUACUCUAUGUUGAAGGUCCUGUUGUUGUACCCAAGUAUGCUGGCAAUCGGAACAGAGUUACUUUCAUUAACCGCAGUAGCAUCCGUUUCUGACAACGGUGACAAUAACAGUAACAAUAUCAACCGUAGUAACAAUAUCAGCCUUAGCAACAAUGAUAGCAGCAUGGAUAGCCAAGACGAGCCAUCUGCUGGUCAGAGCUCGUACUUAGAACUGGAACAGCAACAGCAACGAAGACAACACCAACAUUUCUCAAGAAGGCAGGCGUUCUUGGAUAAGAUCAUGCAAUGUGUACAAGAGGCAGAUCAUAUAGUGACAUUGGCCAUCAUUGUGUUGGAGCGAUACCCCGAGAGAGCUAGAAUGUCAUGUCUGGGUGUAGCAUUGGAUUGGUGUCUUCGAAUCUAUCACAAGAUCAUCUUGGAGAAACCGAAUGCCAGGCCAGGUGGCGACAACUCUCCCAACAGAAGUUGGAGCAACGACAAUAACGGCAUCAAUAGACAGCCUCAGUCGAGUAAAAUGGAAGCAAAUGUAUUCUCAAACAGACUGAAAGACCGCUGUAGAACGCAGUUGAACAAGGUCGCAAAAUUGCUGGAUCAGUUUGAAGGAUUGGAUCAUAAACAUUAUUUCUCGUGGUUGACAAUUGAGCUAGAGUCAUUGGAAGAACAUCAGAAGGCAAUGCGACGAAGAAUUAUUGAAAAAUGCCUAGAACCCAUGACAGCGGCGACGACAGCAACCACAAGUGCUGUACCACCAACAUCUUCAUCAACUAAUCUUGCGAGGAUUUCUCUGUUGAACCAACAAGGCCUCUAUCAUGCUACUGCAGACUUCUUGGAGCAGCAGCAGCAGCAACAGCAAUCUGCAUCACGGCCAAGGUCUCAUGAUUUGCAGGCGAUCAUUAGAAAGCGACAACAAAUGGGUGUCUAUGCCAAUUCAGGUAUCAGACCGAACGGCGGUAAUUAUACACAAAUGAUGCCAGGUGGCACACUCUCAACAUCAAGUACCAGUCCUGGCCACGAGACAUCAGGAAGAGCAGGAGGUGGAGCAGUAGCAGUAGCAGUGACAGAAGGAGCCGCAAUGAGCACGACCACAAUGUCCGGAUCUAUAAUGUCUUCAUCCGCAGGCGCUCCUUCGCCUUCUACAGAUUCCUCAGACACCGCAUCGCCCUCUGCAGGGAGCGCUAGCGGUAUUGCCAUGUCAAACUCUAAUACUUCCGGAGCAAUCUUUACUGGGGAUUCUGAGAUUAAGUCCUCAAUCCCUUAUUCAUCUGCUGCUACAGUGAUGAAUAGUAAUGUAAUAUCAAUGGCAGGGAUUGGACCAGGAGCUGGUUACCCGUCCAUGGAGCUAGCUGCACGUGAUACUGAUAUGACUUCACUAAAUCAAUAUCAGCAUCCUCAACAACAGCGUCAACAACAACACAAUCAUCAAUAUCAACAGAGCCAACAGGGACAUCAGCAUCAUUUGAAUGGAGCAGGUAAUUUAUCUACAACAAUGCCCCAGGGGUCAUCUGUAUAUCACUUUGGGUACCAAGCUCAAGCACCUACAAGUGGAAUAGCGACCAGCGCAAUUCAGACCCAUGCGUUUCCUGCAACAAUGGCGAUAGGAUCAUCUUCAGGGAUAGGAAGGUCCAUCUAUUCACUAAUGUCGCCAACAUCCGGCCCGGCAGGUGGAUUCUAUGGUAUCCCUACCUCAAGCAUGUUAAACUAUCCCCCUCCUCCUAUGAUUGCAUCAAGUAUGACUGCCACUAGCCAGGAACAAAAUUCAUCACAAUCAUUGCCGUCAAUACAGCAACAACAACAGCAACAAGCACACCGUCAGCACCAACAGCAUUCUAGUCAGCAUAGCCAGCAUUCUGUUCUUCCGUCAUUAGACUCAAUUUUCGAUUAA